AUUAGAGCAUCAUGUGCCAAUCUCAGUACACAAAUGAAAGUGUAUAAAAUACAUAGGCACUGCAUUACACAAAUUUACUUAGGUUUUAUUUUCUGUGCACCGCAUACUAAAUAAUAGUGUGAAUAACCAGAGGGAGAUAUUAGAAUUUGUUGUGGUUCUAUUCAAUUUCAAAAUGAUUAUCUCUUGUUGGCAGAUUUUAUUCUUGGCUUCGCUAGCCAUGGGGUCAUCACAGGAAAAAGUACACAUCGUAGAUAAUGCACCAGGCCAAAAUUAUGGAACUGGAAACAUCGUGGAUCCCGGCUUCUACCAACCAUCUAACCCUAACUUAGGAACUGGCCAAAUCGUGGACCCCGGCUUCUACCAACCAUCUAACCCGAACUUAGGAACUGGCCAAAUUGUCGACCCAGGCUUCUACCAACCUUCAAACCCUAACUUGGGAACUGGUCAGAUUGUCGAUCCUGGCUUCUACCAACCAUCAGGUCCAUCAUACCCCGCAUAUCCACCCAGUCUAUACCCUAACCCUGGAUAUCCACCAAUAAACAAUGGACCCGCUUACGUAGAAAACCCACCACCACCUCACUGGAGCCAGACUUUGUACCCUUCUGGAGUUGCUCGGGACGCCAACAACUAAAAUCUGCUGAUGACGUCAUAUCCAGAUCAGAUUCUAUUCUCGGCUGAAAUACCUUCAAUAUUUCCUUACAAAAAAAAAUAAUAAGUGUAGUACAUUGAAAUACCUUCACCCAAAUUAAUGUUCCAAAGAAAACAUUACAUCGUUUUAUAUGUUUUAAUGUAUCCAAAUUUUAUGAAAGAAAUAUGAAAUAAACAAUAGUCAAUUAAUGA